GUGUCCCUGAGUGCAACCAGCGAGCCGUAGCGCAAUAUUACGCACCGUGGAUGCAAACAUUCGUGGAGCCGCGGAUUGCGACUAAGAACACGUGUUAAUUAGUCGCCACUAAGGCUUGCGCGAUCAUAAAUUGGUUGUGUUCCGAGCCAUUCCGGGAACUAUAUGUGUGUGUGUCGAGUGAAUACUGUGUAAAAAGGGCCAACCGUAAUAUCUAUCGUACAUUAAAAACACUCACCCUUCUUGGACGGAAGAACUAGAUAACAUCGACGUUCUUUUAUCAAUCGACUCCCCCAAUCGCUAUAUAACGGUGUCCAGGUGACAUUGAACGGUUCAGUUCGGCCAAGACCAAACACCGCCAGGAUGGGUUACACCAACUUCCAACUUGAGGUACUUAACCAACACAACACACUCCGGAAACGCCAUUCUGCCGAUCCGUUGGAGCUCGAUUCUAAUUUGUGCAAUUACGCCCAAGAAUGGGCCAAUACACUGGCCAGCAAAAACACAAUGCAGCAUCGCUCCAACAAUAAGUAUGGUGAAAAUUUGUACGCCUGUUUUGGAAAAACGAACAUCACGGGAAAGGAAGCGGUUGACAGUUGGUACAACGAAAUCAAGUACUACGCGUUUGGCGCACCAGCUCCGGGCAAUUUCUCGCAGGUCGGUCACUUUACGCAGCUUGUGUGGAAAACAUCGCGCCGGUUGGGCGUCGGCAUUGCCGCGAAGGGUACGAGCGUGUACGUGGUUUGUAACUACGAUCCACCUGGCAACUUCACGGGACAAUAUCAUCUCCACGUCAGUAGACAGUAAAAUUUUACGACCGGCCAAAUAACGGACCACAGAACUAAUACUGUUAUCAAGCCGUAGAAUACACACCUGUUUGCUCACGGUGCUAUUUGAGGGACAUUUUUAUUUUUUACUACAAUUUACUCUCGUUUUCGUGCGUUCUUCUGCCCCGGAAGCCCCGCUCCGGAACGUUAUGCAGUGUUUAUCCAGAAAUGCUAUUAAAU